AUGGCGCCGCCAGUCGCUGUAGCUGAAAAUGCGGUUACAGUAGCAAUCAUAGGAUAUCGAGGAGCGGGGAAGACGACUGCUCUGAACGCCAUUUUGGGGAACAAUUACUCGUUCAUAUCUGAUGACAAACCAACCACUGGCAUCAACUCGUUCCGAGUCCUCCAUAAUAAUUCCGCCUCUUGCUCAACGAGAAAGGAUUCUUCUCGCAAAGCAGAAUCUGUAUGUACAGAAAUCAGGAGAGACAACAAAUCACAUCGAAUCCUUCCGUUGGGACAUAGGAAACGAGUCGCCAAGAAGGUUUUUGAUGUGCGAUCGAAUGAUCCUAGUUUUGCUUCCAUGGAAGACACGCCCUUCUUUUUGGUGGACAUACCUGGAUUGGAUCUAUCCAACCCUGAGUGUCAAUAUCGAAAUUACAUUGACGAAUCAUUUCAUACCUUUGAUGCUGUGAUACUAGUCUUGGACUGUUUGACGGAACGAAAACCCCAACAUCGGAUGCUCAAGUACAUUCGGCGGCACUUGUCACGGUCCAAGAAGAUGCCCUUGAUUAUUAUUGGAAACGAACGAGCGGCGCAGAUUGGCGAUAGCUCACAAUUGGCUGAUUUGGAGGUGGAGGUGGAUGAAAUGUUUGACAUUGACUCGGGAGACAAAGUCUUACAGCUGGACUGCAUCAUGUCCUCGUUUUGCGUCGAUAUGGAUUGCAAUGGUGAACCAGAGGGCAAUGACUUGGAAGCGGCUGGCGACGGCUCGCUAUCAAAGCCAAUAUUUAUUCCAGUCAAGUUGCAUGAUGCCUUUCGCUAUAGACUAGCUUCAGCAAAGCUGAGUCUCCUUCAGGUUUCCAAACUCGGAGCGACUAUCUUGGAUACGAUCUGCCAAGACGAAAUCGGAAAGCAGGCUUGGGAAUCCUUGAGUAAGGAUGAAAUAUUGGACAUUGUUCACUCGGCUCUUUCCACACCUGGAGACGAUUACAAGCUGCAAGAGACCAACUUUCUCAAGUUUAUGGCCCAUCUGGAGCGGGUGCUGAGAGAAGUCCCGAGACAAAGGCUUGAAGCUCAGGACGUUGUCGAAGAGAACGACUCGUCCUUCUUUUUCUUGUCCAGUCUUUUCUGGCCUACUCGCAAGGUUUCGGGUGAAAGGAAGAAUCAUCGGGAUUUGACGAUUGAGGAACUUCGCGAUGUCAACAUGGGUUUGGCCGAUACUCUCAGCGAGGUCUCUUCCCGCGACUCAAUCUUGGAUAAGGAUCGUGUAGAGGUGUCCAUGAUGAGUUCCAAUACGGCAUACAGUGAUGAUACUCCGGAGAACAGUUCGGACAUGCCAAUCCUGCACAGACAGAUGCCAAGACGGUGGCGAAACAAGCGUACCGCAUGGAUGAUUCUAUUAUUCGUUUUGGUAUUUUUGGCGAUUAUCUUGACUGUCAUCUUUGUCCUUUUUGGAUUUGCUGUUGCUUCCUUGGAAUAG